GCUCGGCACAGCUUCAAAGAUACAUAAGUUGUGUCAAUUAAAUAUAGUAUAAAUAUAUAUUUUUUAUAAAUAAAUCCAAGUAUUAUAAAAUUAUGAUAGCUUUCGAUUUGCUUAAAAUUUGCGCUUUAUUGUUUGUUUUAUUAGCAAGUUUGCACAAAAGUACUACUCAACGAACUGUUUGUGGUCCUGCGCUGGAUGCAGUGCUCAGUACACUUUGCGUUCACGGCUUCAAUACGAAAUUUAAGAAAUCAUUGGAAUGGAGUGACCAUGGCACCAAUGACCUGGUCGAGGAGCUGCCUUUCCCCUAUGCAAACUCACCUUUUUUAGCCAAGAUUCAUGGCGGCCAAGUUGAUACAUUGGCUAAAACUCGUCGUCGUCGUCAGGGCGUAUACGACGAAUGUUGCAACAAGGGAUGCACAUACAACGAGAUUUUAUCCUAUUGCAAUAGAUAUGAAGAUUUAAUAAGAAACCGUAGCUUGUAAUGUAAUGCAAAAUAUAUAGUUUGCAGGAAUAUAGCUACGCAUUUUUACACAUAUGUAUAACAUUGAAAAAUUCUAAUGUUAUACUUAUAAUUUUUCCUUUAUAAUAAAAUUGUAAAACUGAGAAAACUAAAAUACAU